UUCUGUGUUUACAUUUACGUGCAUUUGGAAUUGAUUUUUGUCAUCCUAUAAUAUAUACAUAUUGCACAAGGAGUCACUCUUGACACCAUGAAGAUCGUCCUCGUGACUGGCGGUACGGGACUCGUUGGCAGAGCCAUUCAAAGUGUUCUCGAACAGAACGCGAAAGAGGAGAGAUGGAUAUUUGUCGGGUCCAAAGAUGCGGAUUUAUGCGAUAAAGAGAGCACUCGUAGAUUAUUUGACCUUCAUAAACCGACACAUGUUGUUCAUCUGGCUGCCAUGGUCGGUGGGCUUUUCCAUAAUAUGUCGCACAAUUUGGAUUUUCUGCGGAAUAAUAUACACAUGAAUGACAAUGUUCUCCAAACUGCUCAUGACCACAAUGUUACCAAGGUUGUUUCGUGCCUUUCUACUUGUAUAUUUCCUGAUAAGACAACUUAUCCAAUUGAUGAAACCAUGGUUCAUAAUGGGCCGCCACAUCCCUCAAAUUAUGGUUACAGUUAUGCUAAGCGACUUAUAGAUAUUGCAAAUAGGGGUUAUCAUGAUCAGCAUGGCAGACUAUACACCAGUGUAAUUCCUUGUAAUGUCUUUGGCCCUAAUGAUAAUUUCCAUCCUAAUGCGAGCCAUGUUAUACCAGGUUUAAUGCGAAGACUUUACGAUUUAUGCAAAGAUGGAAAUACAGAGAAUAAGACUUUCUCUGUGCUGGGUUCUGGGAAACCUUUAAGACAAUUUAUUUAUAGCAAAGACUUAGCAAAAUUAAUAAUUUGGGUCGUGCGAGAAUACGAUUCUGUGGAACCAAUUAUAUUAUCAGUGGAUGAGUCACAAGAGAAAUCAAUAGCGCAAGUUGCUGAGACUUUAGUGCAAGCUUUCAAUUUCAAAGGCAAAGUGGUAUAUGAUACGUCAGCGGCAGACGGUCAAUAUAAGAAAACGGCGAGUAAUGCAAAAUUGCGAAGGUAUUUACCCGAUUUUCAAUUUACACCUUUUGAACAAGCAAUUAAAGAGACUGUUGAUUGGUAUAUAAAAAACUACGAUUGUGCAAGGAAUUAAGAUAGCUGGAAGCUGGAUUAUAAUUUGCUCAGAUAUUGCAAAUGCUUUCAUUUCCAUGAAUUAGCAUUUCCAAUUCAAACUUGUGUCUAGAUUCAUAACAUCACAAUUGUUGAAUCCGAAAGGAUUAACAAUUGUAUGUGUGAUAAUUUAACAGCUAUCAGUUUAUCAUAGUUAUUAUCGAUAUUUUUAUGGUGUCUAUUGAUUUUUGUUACAAAAAGUAAGUAUAUACAUUUAAUUUUAUAUUUUAAUUUUAUAAGUAUAAAUUCCAAUUAUGGUUCACUAGAAUCCUCAGAUUAAUGCUGAGCAAUACAAAUGUUAGUUGUUAAAAAUGGGGGAAGGUGAAAUUGAAAAUAUACGAGUAUCGAUCGUAUAACUUCGCCAUAUUGUAAAUAAUUAUAUUUUUGCAAUAAACGAUCUUUGCAGAACGUUUUAUUCA